CUUUCCAUAAAAAGCCUGCCGGGAUUUUUUUUUUUGUGUGUAAGAGAGAAAGACUUUAUUUGCUUACUUUUCUUUCUCUCUUUCCUUUCCUUCCGUUUAUUUUUACUUUAAAGUUUACCCUUCAUGUCAAAACAAAAUGCCUCGGUGGCCAUUGUGGGUGGUGGUUUGGUAGGCACCCUCAACGCCAUUUACUUUGCACAACGUGGUUGGAAUGUCGCUCUGUUCGAGUUACGACCCGACAUGCGGCUUCCGGAAAAUAAAGCCAAGGAACGAGGCAAAUCCAUCAAUUUGGCAUUAUCUGAGCGUGGAUUGAGUGCCCUGAGAGCCACAGAUCUUGGACUCGACAAGACCUGUCUUGAUGCUGCCGUACCAAUGCAUGCUCGGAUGGUUCAUGUCGAUGGUAAACAGAUGUCGCAAGCAUAUUCUGUACACGGAGAACACAUCAAUGCAGUGGAUCGUGCACGCUUGAACGAUUUGUUACUCGAUGCUGCUGAAAAGAUGGAGAAUGUCACUAUAUAUUUCGAACAUCGACUCUUGAUGAUUGACUUUGACAAGAAUAUGCUCAUGCUGGAAACGGGGUAAGAGGAGAGAACUAGAAGCGUUGUCCGAAGGAAACAGGAAGAGAUCCGAGUUAGCAAGUGGUGAUGGUGGAUGCGAAGAGCCUUGAAAGGACACCUUAUGCAGAAGAUUUGCGGCGACAUUGACGGACCGAUGGAAUGAUACCAUCUUUAUUAGAUCCGACGUGACGGUAAAACACUAUGCUGACCUGAUUGUGGGUGCGGACGGUGCGUACUCGAGGACUCGGGGACA